AUGGCGGACAUGCUUGCUGGUUUUGACGAGUUAAUAAAUUCUGCUAUUAGCGAAUGUGAUAUCGAUUCUCAGAGUAUUCCAUUGUUAAAUGUUGAAAAAGAACGCAUAGAAGCUAAUCUUCUAGAGAAGUUGCCAGAGGAUUACUGUUAUAAGUUCAAUCUUUCAGUUAUUAAUGAACAGAAAUCGUCCUUCCAAACUGAAGACAUAACUACCGAGAAUGUUCAUCCCUGGUUAAUCGAAUUUCAAACCAUCAAUUCCAUCACUCUGAAAGUAAAAACAAAGAAAAAGCCAACAACAGGAUAUCUUAUCCAGACUUAUUACCGGUGUCAACACAACACUAGACGAUGGAGCCCAAACAAAGAUCCUCAGAGAAAACUACAGACAAAUCCAGCAGCCAGAGUGAAAAAUACGAACUGUCCUUUCCAGUUGAUUAUAAAGAUAAAUACAAAUGGCAUUUGUUUUGUAGACAUUGAGUGGGCACAUAAUCACAACACAGUGAAUCUUGAGGCUUCGAACUUUAAAAACAUUUCAUCCUGCACUAUUGAAAAAGUAAGGAAAUUGUAUGAAGAUGGAAAUACACCAUCCAUGGCCAGACAGAUCUUUCUUAAAAAUCUCAAAAAAUCCUGCAACGAUGAGAUAACCUAUCAUGUUAUGAAAGCAGAUAGAUCUGUCACACCUAGAAGAAGGGAUUUCAACUACCUAUAUAGUCAGUACACAAAGGAUGAGUUUGGUGGCAAGAAUGGAGAGAUGUUUCAAAGGCUGGAAGAGAAAAUGGAGGAAUAUCAGCAAAACAAUCCAGGUAUGUGCUAACUUAUAAAGCUAUGUUUACAUGUUGCAAUUUGUCAAGCUGAUUUCAGGUGCACAUUCAUGAUAUCUGGCAAAUAUAGUCAUGAAAUGAUUAACUGAAAAUAUUUUCCAGUAGCAUUUGGAAAAAUCUAAAAUCAGCCCAACAAAUCGCAGUGUGCAAUGCAUGACAAUGACAAAUUAACCUUUACAAGAUAAUUUAAAAGCAAGGAUGAAUUUUGAGAUUUUUCAGCAAAAUCUCAAAAUUCAUCCUUGCUUUUAAAUUAUCUUGUAAAGGUUAAUUUGUCAUUGUCAUGUCCAUUUCAUGUGCAAAAUUUCAGGGGGGUGCAAGUUGAAGGUACAGAAAAAUGCAUUGACUAUCGAGUAUUGAAGCUCCUUAGCCUAGCUUUUAAUUUGCGAAAUUAGACGAAAUGAGGCAAAUCAAUCCAUAUUUUCUACAGUUAUACUUCAUUGAAAGCAUACUUAUCUAACAAACUGCAGACUAUCUAAUAAUAACAAAUUUUCAUUACUUUCAUUCAUACAAUUACAAUCAGCAAGCUGCAUAAUUUUCUUGGGGGAUGCAAAUUUCUUUCAUGGGGGUGGGGUGGGGGUGCAAGUAAUUUCUGGGGGAGUAUGCAUAUCCCCCGCGUCCCCAGAAAGUCCAUCUAUGCUUAAAGUAUAAAAUGUGUAGAGCUUAUUAAAACAUGAUAAGAAUGUCAUAUUAAUAUUUUUCUAGAUGCAUCACUAAAGUAUCAGGUGUACUGUGGUGAUGAAAUGCCCCUUAUUAUCAGUGUUGUCACACCUUUAAUGAAGCGAGUUCACAAGGAAGUGCCUCAGUGUGGCGAGCUUGUAUUUGUUGAUGCCACCUCAAAUACAGAUGAGCAUAACCUGAAAGUUUUCUUGUUGUGUACACAUAAUGUAUCUGGUGCACUACCCUGUGGCCUUGUCAUAACAAGCGACGAAAAAGAAAGCACGGUGAAGCAAGCGUUUCAGAUGUUAAGUGAUUGCCUUCCUGAGUAUGCUUUUAAUGGUCGUGGUCCCACUACAGGUCCUGAGGUUAUUCUUACAGACAACUGCCUGGAAGAACGUAAUGCCUUGAAGAGUGUAUGGCCAACUGCAACACUCCUGUUAUGCAUUUUCCAUGUUUUGCAGCAAGUGUGGAGGUGGAUUGUUGAAAAAGACCACCUUGUCAACCAGCAUGAUCGACCUGAAGUCUUCAGCCUUUUCAAAAAGGCUUUGUAUGCAACGACUGAAGAGAGUUUUGAUGAUUGUUAUGAAGAUCUUUUGAGUGAUGAUGCAUGUAGCAAGUAUCCCAACCUUUUACAGUACUACAGAAACCUUUAUGUGAUCAAGAAGGACUUUGCCCUUUGCUUCCGAUCUAGUAUGCGUGUCCGAGGAAAUCAAACUAACAACUUCGUAGAAGCUCAGUUUCUGGUGUUGAAAGAUAUACUAUUAAGAAGAGUGAAGGAAUACAAUGUGGUUGGAUUGUUUGACAAACUGACUGCUGACCUGGAAAACCAUUUCAAAGACAAGCUAUUGUCUAUUGCAGAUGGGAGUUUUGAUGGCUACUUUAGGCGCCGAUUCCUUGGUAAAAACAAGCGGAAAGUAGAUGGUGGACAAGGUUUUAAAAUUCCAACCCAACAGGAACAGAAAACAUACCUUGAGAAAGUCAUUACAUAUGAGCAUAAUGUAUUUGAGGUUCCCAGUUUAUCAGAAGAGGAUAAAAGGUACUGUUUGGAAAGCAGUUUUAUCUUUUUUUACCUAUGCCCCUCAAAACUUUAAACACCCUUAUACUGCAGAGGGCAAAAAGUAUUGCCCAGUGCUCAUGUUUUUUCGGGGGGGGGCGCUGGUAGAAUUUAGUGCACCCCCCUGAAUCUUAACCCGUUGAACUUGUGAACAAGUUGUAACAGUGGUGGACACUAAGGGGGGUUGGGCCAAUGGGGGGUGCUUGCCCCCCAAUAAUCUCUUAACUGUGUGAAAAAGCUGUAUUAACAAGAUCACAACCACAAAAGCCUGAUAGGCUUAUAAUUAAGGUAAAUUUGCAUAAAAUUUAGGCAAAAAAUUUGAAAGAACUGAUAUUUGCCGCAGUAGAAGAGUGAGAUAUGUUGGCAACUUAAGUUCGCACUCCCAAUAUUUCACGAAGUGUCCGCCACUGAGUUGUAACAACCUUGUUAUUAGACCAGUCUGGUUAUAACAAUAUUGUUCCAAGCUUGUGUUGUCAAUCUUGUAACAUACUUGUUAUAUUAUGGCUGCAUCGAUCAGACAUGUUAGACAGAACAAACUUGUAGCAAGUCUGAUAAUGCCAUCGAUCUUGAUAUAAGUUGUUAACGGCUUGUUCCAACGACUUGCAACAAGCAGUGCAAACACAACUUGAUUGCAGACUUGUUACAAGUUGUGCAUUUUUACCCAUGUAAUUAUAAUAAUUAUAUUUUUUUCAGCUAUUUUGUAGAUAUGUCAAUUGGUGUUUGCAGUUGUGUCAUGGGGAGAGAUGGCAGCCCUUGUAAGCAUCAGUACAUAUUGUGGGCUUCGAAUACUGCCAACUGUAUCAAUUUUGUCCCUGUCUCUAACCCACAGUCAAGACAAAAGCUUGCAUGGAUUGCAAUAGGCCAAACCUUGCCCAUUACCUACUAUACAAAUCUCCGUGCUAAAAGCAACAAUGCUCACAGCAUUGAAGCUGAAGAUCAAUCACAUCAAGUUAAUAGUUUGGAACAACCAGACUGCCAAGAAAUAAGCAUGGAUGAUUCCAUUUUGGUGGAUACUGAAGAGAGAUUGGAACAAGAGCAUAUACAAGAAGGUAUUACAGCAGUAAAUAGAGCCUGUGAGUCAUUGGUUGAGAAACUGAAGUCUACAGGUGACAAGAAUUUGUCCAAAGGUAUGAAACAAUUCUCAGCCCGUUUGAUGAAGUUAAGCAGUGGAAUGCCUGGGAGCCUAGUAUCUGCACUUUUCAACUUUGGCACUGAUGAAUUGAGAAGUACCAGAACUGGCAAAAAGAUUAAAAUCCAGCCUGGCAGAAAACGAAAGUCAAAUAAUG